AUGAAUUCUGCUAUCUCAAAAUCUACUCAAAGCCUUACCACUGCUGAGGACAUGAGGAACCAAACCAAACUUAUGAUGCAGCCCUAUGCCAACUGGGAAGAGUAUCUGACUCCAGCACCUCUAUCCAUAGCCAUCCUGGGAGAGCUGGUAUUCAUCUCGUCCUCAACAGAUUUCUCUAUCAGUAAAAAUCCCCCUAAAGAUGGCUAUAACUUCAUCAAAUACCCUGAUUCCUUUCGCGCUUGCCUCAUGCAAGUGUGUAACUCUGGCUGGUGGGCAUUUAAUGAGGCCCAUACGAGCAUGGAUCAGAUUCGCCUCCAUACUGCCCAAAUUCCAGAUUACACGAAAACUGCUGUGAAGAUUCUGUUCCAAGGCAAUGAUGAAGUUGUCAAAGCUCAUCUUCCUGAUCAGCUAAAAAAUAUCCAAGACAUUGCAGAUGAAUGUCUUGAGUUGUCUGAUGCAACUGAAAAGCGCUUCACUGAUGUCAUCAAAAUCAUUCAAGAGCUGCUAGAAGCAUGUGUGAAUGCAGAGCACUUUUAUGGGGAGGAGAUGGCAGCAAUGAAGAAGAAACUGGAAGAGAGCAAAUUGAAGGAGCAGUCAGCUCAAGAGACCAAGAAAAGGACUGAGAAGGCAAUGAGUGAAAUGGAGAAGGGACUGGAACAGGCUCAGGAGAGCUACAACAAAGCUCUGGAUUCUCUCCCUAGUGGAUGGGAAAUGAUCGGCAUGGAUUUUGUAGGUGGGAUAACACAGAGCAUUACUGGCAUGAUUACUGGAAUGGUAUCUGUUAUUAAUCAACCAGUGAAUGGUGAAAGAGAUGUGGUAGCUGAAAUAAAGGUAUAUAGUAAGUCAGCUGAAAUUUUAAAUUGUGCACAGAAAAUCCAGGAAGAAAUUAAUGUGAAUAUUAAGGAUGAUAACAUUGACUGGACAAAACUAUAUGAUCAGAAGAACAAAACUACAAAGACGGAUUUCAUAGCAAAACAGUUCGAAAGAAUCAAUGAAACUUUAAAGGAAAACUCUGACUGCCCAGCAAAGAAACAAGUUCAGAACUUAUGCCAAGAUGGCAUAGAAAUAUGCAAACAGCUCGCAAAAUAUGCACCAGAUGGCAAAUGUGACAAAGACAAAAGCAAUGAGAUGAUAAAAGAGGUCUUGGAUCUGAUCAAGUCGGCCCAUGUUUUUGAUUGCAAAAGUAAAGACAAAACAAAUUCUCCAGCCAUUGCUCCAAAGCCACCAAUGAUGCAUAAAGAAGAAACAAAGUCAGAGAACAGGAGUCCUUCUGGGAGGGCCACAGAAAAUGCAAGAUUCUCCAUAGAGCUGACCCGAGCUCAGCUGAACAAGACAACAGAGACUUAUGAAAAGUGUGUGGAGAACCUAGAGGGGAACCAGAAGGAGCUAACUAAAAUCCUGGUCACUAUGAGAAAUUGUGAACUGAAAGAGAUUGAUUUCAGAACUACCAUACAGAUGCUGGUCAAAGGAAUGGAUGCCAUGGGGAGAGUGAAGGAGCAGUGGGAGAAGAUGGUUCACUUCUUUCAGAUGGUUUCCAACAUUGUGAAAACCAGCCUGAGCAAAACUCUCACAAACUUUGUCUCAACAUCAGAGAAAACACAAACCCUCUCCUACAAUGCAAAGUUUUUCUCAAAAGAUAUGCUGUACACUCAAGCCUUCCAAGCCAGUAACAUUGCUAGUCUGGUCAAUAUGAUCUCUGCAACAUACACAGAUGUUUCCAGCAAGUACCUGAUGGACCGCGUCAGUUCACUGGGCAAACUAAUGGCCAUGGAUAAAAGUAAGCCAGAAUUCGAGCAUGAGCGAAAACUGCUCCAGAACGGCUGUGAUGAGGCACAGAAAGGCACCUUAAUGCUUGUCCUGAAGAAUAAAGACGAGUAUGAUAAGAAGAGCACCGCAAGACUAGAAAGGAUUGAUCGAGAAUUGCUUGCCAUUCUACCUGCUGCUCCUCCAGAAGAAAUCAGAAGUAUUCAAGAGGUUGUUAAAGCUGGAUUCAAUGAGGAAGAAGAAGCAGCAGCAGCAUACAUCUGA